AUGAUGUUGACAAUGGUAUUCAUUUAUUUAUUAAUUUUUUUAACAACAAUUAUUAAUGGACAAGAUACAACAUCAUGUGAAUUAAAAGAUUCAUUAUCAUGGACACCAUGGUUUAAUUUUCAUAAACCAUCAUUAAAAGGUGAAUAUGAAUUACAUGCUGCUAUACGUAGUCGACAUCCAACUAUUGUUUGUGCUGAACCUCAUAGUAUAUCAGCUGUUAAUCAAGUCGGUAUUGAUAUGAAUCAUACACUUGAUAUGAUAUUAUUACGUUCAUAUGAUGUAUUUUGUUUAAAUAAUUAUGAUCCAAAAUUUCAACAAAAAAUUUGUGAUGAUUAUAGUGUACGUUAUUGUUGUCCAAUAACAUCAAAUAAUAUACGAGAUAUAUAUUAUAAAAAUAAAACACAAAUAAAUUCAUUUAUUGAUAAUCAAUCACGUGUUGUACAAACAAAAUGUGGUCGUGUAAUAUCAUCAAAUAUAUUACAAUCAACAACACGUACUGGAUUUUUAAUGAAUUUAUUUAAUUCAAUGCUUUCAAGAAUAAUUAAUGGUGUUGAAUCAACACCAAAUAAUUGGCCAUGGCUUGUAUCUAUUGGUAUACGAUAUCGUGCUCGAAAUGGUUUAUGGCAAAAUCGUACACAUAUAUGUGGUGGAACAUUAAUUGAACCAUCACAUGUUCUUACAGCUGCACAUUGUCUUGAACAAAAAAUUGAUGAUCGUUAUGUUCCAUUUACAAUAACAAAUCCAACAUUAGAAUCAUUAUUUAUAUUACGUAUUGGUAUACAUGAUAUACGUUCAACACGAACAGAUGAAAUUUAUGGUGUUAAACGUAUAUUUGUACAUGAAAGAUUUAUAUCAAGUACAUUUGAAAAUGAUAUUGCAAUAAUAAGACUUGAUCGACCUGUAAUAAUAACAAAAUAUACAUUACCAAUAUGUUUACCAUCAAAUAAUAUAUUACCUGGUACACAAGUAACUAUUGCUGGUUGGGGUACAAUAACAGAAACAUCACGUGUUCAUUCAAAUGUACUUCGACAAGCUAAUGUUAAUAUAUUACCAGCAACUAAUUGUCGAGUUUAUACAGAUGUUCAUUAUGAUACAUCAAAACAAUUAUGUGCAGCAGCUUUAGAUUGGUCAAAAGAUACUUGUGCUGGUGAUAGUGGUGGUCCAUUAAUGUAUCAAGAAAAUGGUGAAUGGACAAUAAGUGGUAUUACAUCAUAUGGUUAUGGUUGUUCGAAACGUGGAUUUCCAGGUGUCUACCAAGUCGAUGUUAAACGUGAAGGUGAAUGGCAACGUAUUAAUUCUGAAGAUCUUGUACGUGGUGAUAUAAUACAUGUACGUGGUGGAGAUCGUGUUCCAGCUGAUAUUCGUAUUGUACAUACAUCUGGUCUUCUUAUUGAUAAUUCAAUUUUAACAAAAGAUUCUGAUCCUGUACCUAAAUCAGCUGAUUAUACAAAUACAAAUCCAUUAGAAACAAAUAAUUUAUUAUUGUGUGGAACAAGUGUUACUCAUGGAUCAGCUAUUGGAAUUGUUGUUAAAACUGCUGAACAUACAUUAUUGGGUAAAAUGUCAAAUACAACUGAAAGUUUGGAUCCUAAACGAACAAUAUAUGCACGUACAAUACGUUCUUUAUUUCUUUUUCUUACGGUACUUGGUCUUGCUCUUGGUGUUAUUUUCUUUAUUAUUCUAUAUUCAACCGGUUAUUAUUGGCUUUAUGCUAUACAAAUAAUGAUAUCAGUUUAUAUUGCUUGUAUACCAGAAAUUUUACCAGCUAUAAUACAUUUAUGUUUAACACGUACAGCACAACGUAUGGCAACAAGAAAUUGUCUUGUUAAAGUUAUUGAUGCAUUAUAUGAUUUAGCUUGUACAACAAUAUUAUUUGUUGAUAGAUCAAUUUUAACAAGUAAUAAUAUGGCAACUAGUCAAAUAUGGAUACCAUCAAAUCAAGAACGUAUUCUAUUACCUGCUCUAUCAGAUGAUCUAACAGUUAUACAAGAAUGUAUGCAAAUGUCAGGUUGGCAAACAUUAAUGCGUACAGCUAUACUUUGUAGUCAAGCAGAAUGUUUUACUGAUCAACAUCAAGCAACUCGACAUGCAACAUUAACACAAUGGGAGGGUGAUGCACGUGAAAUAGCAAUAAUAAAAUAUGCUGAAUAUGCCGAUUUGGAUAUAGCUGCUAUACGUCAAUUGUAUCCUCGACGUGAUUUUCGUCCGUUUACACCGGAAAAUAAAAGAAUUGAAUCAUUUCAUUUUAAUAAUGAACCAAAUAUGGAAGGAAUGUAUCUUGAUUGUAUGAUGGGUGCACCAGAACGUAUUUUUCAUCGAUGUGCAACUGUUUUUUUAAAUGAUGAAGAAAUACCAAAAGAUGGUGAUAUUGUUUUAGAACGAAUGUUUAAUGAAGCACUUAUUCAAAUGGCUUCACUUGGUGAAACUGUUCUUGGUUUUGCUGAUCGACAAUACCAUCGUGAUGAUGGUCCUCAAGAAAAUUGGCGUUUUCUUGGUCUUAUGUCAUUUAGUGAUCCAAUUCAAGAAGAUGCUGUUACAACAGCUAUUAGAAAAUGUCGAUUAGCUGGUGUUAAAGUUAUUUUAAUAUCUGGUGAUCAUCCAGUUACUGCAUGUGCACUUGCUAAACGUUUAACUAUAUUUUCAGCUGAAUCUGAAACUGUUGAAGAUGUAGCUAUUAAACUUGGUAUACCAGUUGAACGUGUUGAACCACGACAAGCAACAGCUAUUGUUAUUCAUGGACGUGAUUUACAUAGUAUAUCACAACUUGAUUUAGCUGAUACAAUAAUAAAUGCACCUGAAGUUUGUUUUGCUCGAACAACACUUCGACAAAAACAAAAAAUUGUUGAAUGUGCACAAUUAGGUAAAGCUGUUGUAGCAUGUUUUUGUCAAUCAUCUGAUGAUCGUGGUGCUAUAAAAAAAGCUGAUGUUAGUGUUGCUAUGCUUAAUGGUAGUAGUGAAGCAUCACGACAAGAAGCUGAUCUUGUUUUACUUGAUAAUGAUUUAAAUACACUUGUUGGAGCUAUUGAAGAAGGUCGUUAUUUAUGGGAAAAUAUUAAAAAAUGUUUAGCUUAUUGUAUUGUUGUUAAUGUAACACAACUUACACCAUUUCUUAUGUUUAUUAUAUUUCAAAUACCAUUAACACUUGGUCCAAUAACAUUAUUACUUGUUGAUUUAAUAACACAAUUAUUACCAACAAUAUCACUUGCAUAUGAAAGACCAGAAUCUGAUAUAAUGACAAGAGGACCUAUUGAUAAAUUUCGAGAUUUACUUAUUAAUCGAAAACUUUUAUCACUUUGUUGGGGUCAAAUUGGUGUUAUACAAAUAACAGCUGGAUUUUUUACAUGGGUUGUUGUUAUGGCUGAAAAUGGAUUUUGGCCAUCACGUUUAAUAGGUAUUCGAAAAGCUUGGGAUGCAGCAGCAAUUAAUGAUUUAGAAGAUUCAUAUGGACAAGAAUGGACUUUUCGACAAAGAAAAAUACUUGAAUAUAUGGGUUAUGCAGCAUUUUUAGCAGCUAUAAUUAUUGUACAAAUGGCUAAUUUACUUAUAUGUAAAACUCGUCGUUUAUCAUUAUUUCAACAGGGUUUACGAACAAAUAUGUUUGUCAAUUUUUGUUUAAUAUUUAUGCCAGUUGUAGCUGUUCUAUUGAUUUAUAUACCAGGUCUUAAUCGUGCAAUUUUUCUUGAACGAUUACAACCUCUAUGGUGGUUAUGUCCUAUACCAUUUGCAUUACUAAUUUUUGGUUAUGAUGAAAUACGAAAACUUUUUAUUAGAAAAAGUCCUGAAGGUUGGGUAGCUAAAGAGACAUAUCAUUGA